AUGGUCCUGGAUGACGUCACCUGGAAGGAGCUGUGCCUGAUGUACGCGGGGGGGUUGGUGGAGGAGCUCGGGUACUGCCACCAGGGGGCGGGUGAUCCACCAGGGGGAUGGAGGGGGCUGUUCAAGCUGCUUGUCCACUGCCCGGGGGUUCACUUCCCGACCUUUGAGCCAGUGUUGCAGUCUGAGACCCUGAAAGCAAAGUACGAUUGGACCUACGGCCGGGGGCACGUACAGUCAGAACUCAGGGAAUAUCGCAAGGGGGUGGAGUCGAAGAAGGCCCUGUUCCUUUCCGUGGAGGAUGAGAUUGUUGUUUCGCGUCUGUGCUGCCACUUCGAUGCCGCCUGCAAGCGCGGCUUGUUGCGCCAAUACAACCCCCCUCCCAUCUUCUGCUGCAGAGGCGUCGUCAAGAAUUUCAGAAGCUCGGGACUUGCCGAAGUUACCGGGGCUGCUACGUUUCUGACCGAGAAGAACGAAGUCGAAGCCGACAAAAUUAUGCGUGUCAGUGCUGCAACGUCCAAGUUCAGCCAAGAGAACGUAGCUGGGAAAGCGUGUGACGGAUCGCAGAGUGGGUUGAAAGAAGGGGCCAAGUCUCAGAGGGGAUCUAGCGGGGAAGAAACCAAAGCGGAGGUUUCAAGCCCACGAAACGCCGGCCCCUGUCCAUACUGCGGUGGCCAGACGUUCCAUCUCCCGAGCAUAGUCUUCCCGGGGGCGUACGCUGCAGAGAGCUACGACGUGAUGACGUCAGAUGUCGUGAACGACUUUCAUGUCGAGGGCUUCGUUUGGAAGGGGAGGUUUCUGCUGAUUACCGGCUUCGUAUGCCUUGCCGGCCACCUGGUGCUUGGGGUUGCUGGCCAUCCAAAUUUCGGCCGCGGUCUAGCGGUGCCGCAUUCCGGCGACCGUCUGCAGCUCCAGCCAGCGGAAGCGGUCGCCUUCAUGGUCCGUUUCAUGGCCGGAGAGCAAGGCUUGGCACGGGAAGAAGGGCAGCGAUACAUCAGCAGCUUAGAGCUAGAAACGGUGAUGGCCGUUGAGGCGAGGCUUACGCAGCUCAAAGAAAUCUGGCCUCUCGACAAAGGCCGCCUUCUUUCUUACAAGGUGUUCGAGGAUCUCAUGUAUCCGCACCGCUAUAGCGUCGGCAGCAUAAUGAAGGUGCUAAGAUCAAAUGUUCCAGCCGAUCUCUUGGAAAUUGUCGGGGCAUUUGUUGGGACCGGAAGCAUGACCGCUGCCGAAUGCAAGCGCUCAAUCUUGGAAGCUUUUGAAACGCACGAGCGUGAGGAGAAGCAAAAAAUGUCCCGUGCAGUAGGGACUGCCGAAGCCAGCGAGCGAUGCGUGAUGCCGGCUUCCACUCCCCCUAGUUCCGGACCAAGCGGUUGA